CAGAGGGGCCGAGCCGCAAAAUGACGAAGCGCCAGUAGGUUUCCGGGGCUCGAGAGCCGUUAGCUGCCUCGGGUCGCUCGAAGGCCGCACGCUUUGCGCCAGGGGAAAAGCCCUUCCGGCCGCGGCCGCCUGACCCGGAAACGCUUUUUCGGAUCCCUCAGUUUCCUGUGUCCUUCUCUCCGGCGCGGGCGGCGGCGUGACUGGAGAACGAGGGUUGCCAUGGCUCAGAGCCUGAAGGACUUUGCUGGCCGCCUGCCUACUGGCCCACGUGGGAUGAGCACGGCUUUAAAGUUGCUGUUGGGUGCUGGAGCUGCAGCCUACGGUAUCCGGGAGUCUCUCUUUACAGUGGAAGGGGGACAAAGAGCAAUAUUCUUCAACCGCAUUGGUGGAGUUCAGCAGGAUAUUGUUCUUUCAGAAGGACUUCAUUUCAGAAUUCCUUGGUUCCAGUAUCCAAUAAUUUAUGAUAUUCGAGCCCGGCCCCGCAAAAUUUCCUCACCAACAGGAUCCAAAGAUCUGCAGAUGGUGAAUAUCUCCUUGCGUGUUCUAUCAAGACCGAAUGCCAUAGAAUUGCCCAGCUUAUAUCAGCGACUUGGACUAGACUAUGAAGAACGUGUUCUUCCUUCCAUUGUCAAUGAAGUACUCAAAAGUGUGGUAGCAAAGUUUAAUGCGUCACAGCUCAUUACCCAACGAGCUCAGGUAUCUUUGCUUAUCCGACGGGAACUGACGGAGCGAGCAAAGGAUUUUAGCCUUAUAUUGGAUGAUGUAGCUAUCACAGAGCUGAGUUUUAGCCGAGAAUACACGGCAGCAGUUGAAGCCAAGCAAGUGGCCCAGCAGGAGGCUCAGCGAGCACAAUUCCUUGUGGAAAAAGCGAAGCAAGAUCAACGGCAUAAGAUUGUUCAGGCUGAAGGUGAAGCUACAGCUGCUAAAAUGAUUGGAGAAGCCCUCGGCAAGAACCCAGGUUACAUCAAGCUGCGCAAGAUCCGUGCUGCCCAGAAUAUCUCCAAAACGAUUGCAGCAUCCCAAAACCGUGUGUAUCUUACCGCUGACAAUUUAGUGCUGAAUCUACAGGAUGAAGGUUUUACAAGAGGAAGCGACAGUCUUCUCAUCAAACAGAUAAAGAAAUGAAACAGCGAUUGCCUCCUUGAACCACGCAGAUGACUGACAGAAUGGGAAUUCCGGGCUUUUGGAUAUUGCACCUUUGAGGCCCAUAAAUAUUCUCUUGGGAUUUCUUUUCAGUUGUCAUCUUCACCCUUGUCAACUUCCCAACUCAUCCCUCACUAAAGGACCUUUUCUAGCUAAUGUGGCUCCAUUUUUUUGAGAAUACCAACAGUAGGAAUCAGUGUCAGGGUUCCAGCGAUUGCCCUAAUUAAUUUUAUUUGAACUCUUUAUUGAAUGGAGGUCCCUUAGAUAAAUCCCAUCCAGCAGGACCAGAUGUUUACUGGGAGAAACAAAAGAGGGUUGCAUUGUGCAAUUCUUUCUAUCUGGGCUGAUUUUUUUUUAACUAGAUCAAAUUGUUGCUGUUAAGUUUCUGAUGGGUCUGUGUCAUGCCUUACAUUUAAAAUCCCUGGCUCUUCCAUUUUUUCAUUUCUGACUUACUUUUCCAUUCCCUGUUCCCCAUUGAACAUCUCAUCUCAGGAAUAGAUGGGUCACAGGACUUUUGCAAGUGCUGUGAGACUUUAUGUAACUUCGGUUGCCUUGUGAUUCACAUCUUUAUUAAAUAAAAUCAGGUCCAAAACUUCUGAUA